UAGUUAUUUAAGGGGACCAUCAUGAGAAUUUUUGAUAAAUCUUUUGAAAAUAUCGAUUUUUCGAUUAUUAUUGAAAUAAACAAUUCAACAUCUUAGGAACACGUUUUUUCCACUCAUUAUGGCCAACUUUAUGUUAAAAUAUGUUUAAAAAUGAUUUUUAAAUCAUAACCAUCGCUUAGUUUUUCUCAGAAAGCUAAUUAUUCGUCUACUUUGAGCCCCAAUAAUCGUACUUCAUAUUUUAUCUACCCGCAUGUGUCAUACAUCGAUGGAAAGCUCUAAAAUGGCUGCUUUUUUUAGUAUCAUGACCUAUUUUCAUCUAAAAAUAGCAAUGGACACAAAGACUCAACCAAACUCGAGAAUUAGACUAUAAAUUUCAAAUAUACGCGAUUCUAUUGGUUGUUGUGGAAAAUAAAUAUAACUCUGCGACUGAAGAGUCAAAAUUUGGAGCUCUUUCGUCCCCGAAGUUACAUUUCCGUCACGCAGUAUCCAGAAUAAACAACUGGCGGCAGCCAUUUUUGUUUCGCGAUUCGACACCGAGCUUUUCAUUUACAGUUUCAUUUUUGCCUUGGCUACAAAUUCACAUGGCAUUGUCUAACAGAAGAGAGUAAUCAAGGGAUAGCAACCAAAGAAUCAAUUUCAGUAGAUCAACCAAGGAAACAUGUUCAUUUUCAACAUGCAAAGCAGAACCAUGAGGAAAAUCAAUGACUAUCUAAUCUAUAUACCCGGAUACUGGAUAGACUGACGCUGAAGAAGCCCUGGAUAUUAUAGUAAGCUUCAACAGGACAUGGUAAAAUACAAGCCAGCAUGGAAUAUCAGCUGUCAUCAAGAUGGAGACAGGAUUUUUUAUAUCCAGACUUCUGCAAGACUGCAGUGAAAGCUACACUAGACCAGCAAGGGUCAUGAAGUUGGCCGCAGUGAAAGGUCUGUGGGCGAGAUCGCUGACCGAUAGAUGACCAACUUCUACCAAUGCCUAAUCAUCACACCACCUCUAACUAUCCAUAAGAAGCCAAUCAUGGUGUUAUUACAAUGACAUUAUGCCUUUCAUUGUAAAACUAGAUAGACAUUCCUAACAGUAAUUAUAGUCAAGGCUGUGUGUGAGAAGGUGAUGAAUGGAAUUUUUAACCUGUAUGAACCAGGAUGCCUGAUGGGUAUUAUCCAGAAUGCCAAUACAAGAUUGUAGUUGUAUACAGUAAAGAAAAGGAAUCCUAGAUAACACUAGUACUACUAGUAGGUUUUAGCAGUUGAAGAGUGAAAUCUAAUUUUUACUUAGAACAAAAAUACUUAGAUAAUACUGCUGAUAAGAUUUAAUUUUUACAUUUUGUUUCGCAGAAGUAUAAUUCUUUUUAAAUUGCUAAAUAAACCUAGAACAUCAAAUUUAUAAUUAGUUAACUAAGGCAAGUUCACUUUUCAGGUUGCUAUACUUGAUAGCAAUGAAUUUAGAGGUGGAUUACAAAAAAAAAAUUUUUUGCUCUUUAUGAUCAAAAUUUUUCUUAGGGGUGUAUGUAUCUACUUUUAUUCCUGGUUGUUUAUUUGAUAACAUUUUCUUUGUAUAAAGUGAUAUUUAUGUGUACCAUUGCACAUUGUUCCUAAAAAUAUAAGCAUGGUAUGAUAAUAACAAUAAAAUUAUCUCUAAAACUGACAUCGCAAUAGUUUUUUCUGUUUUUCUCGCAUUUGUGUUUUUCUGUAAUUUAUAAAACCGUACGGAAUAUUUCUCAUUAAUGAGGAGUCAUAGGAGGUUCUAACUUUGCAAAAUUAUUACAAAUACAUAUAUCUAUUGGAUGUCUAAGCAGAAUUGAGUUUGCUUUGAUAGUUUUUUUUUACCAAUUUUUUUUUUGAAUCGUAUUCAAUUUUUUCUGUGCAUUCCGAGAGCAUGUUAAGACAAAAAUUCAUAAAAAAUAAUCUAACAAAGAUUUUUAAAAAUCCCUUUGUCAUCCAAUAGACAUGUACAAUUCAAAACAACAUGUAAAGUUUGAAUACAUUCUAUCAAAUGGUUUAGAAACUAGAUUCCGCACAAAUAUAUAGCAAUAAUUGGUAUAUUUUCACCCCAGACGUGCCUAAAAUACUUAUUUUUUGUUUUUUUACUCAGAAUAAAAUUUCUAUAAGUUAGUCAAUACUUAUGUUUCUAUUAUAUAACAAAAAAUAGUACAGACACUGCCUUUUAAAUUUUUUUGCAAAUCCUCAUGAUGGUCCCCUUAAAAAUUUGAUCUGCAAAGUUUUGUAAACAAAAUAACUAUAAAGUGGGGCUGUCAGAAAUCGAUCACGGAGUUCCUUUACAGCCAAUCACUGUUUGUCUUACGAAAGUGAAACAUCGGGUUAUAACUUAGGCUUGAUGAAAAUAAAUAGAAAUGUAGCCUUAAACUCAACAAAUUAUUUUCAAGUUCUCUGGAUCUGCAACUUGUAUAGCAUUGAUUCUAAAACUAUUACAUUUCUGAAUUAAUUUUAGGCUUAAGUUUUUAAUAAAAUUUUAUCUUUUAUUAGUUUUAUGGUCCUAAAUCUAAAAAAGCACAUUUUUAUUCCAUGUCAACAAUAUUACGGAGGGAAUCUCGUCAACUCGCUGGUGUCCAUUGUUUGUAUUAUUGUUUUUUUUUUCCGAUCGAGUAGUCCUAUCUAAACGAGAUUCGAGAUCAAUAAACUAACAAUAAAAUAGACAAUUAUUGAAUCAUGUCUGAAGGAAAUCAGUAUUUGUGUCCAAUUUUAAAAGAUCCUGUUCUUGUGGAACAUUACAAUCAACUGGGAGUUGAUCUGACUGAAAAUGACCUAAAGAGGCCUGUUGCUAAACGAUGGCUUGCUAUAUAUGGUCAGAUCUUUGAAUUUUUGACAUAUAAGCCCAUAGAACAAGUCAUUCAGUCAUUAUUCAGAAUUCAAAGAAUGGCUACAGACUGCCCAGAAGCACAUGAGGAAGCUUUUGCUCAAAUGGCAUUUACACAUUGUUUAGCCAGAGUAUUAAGUUCCUGUGGAAUAACAGAUUUUAAUCUACGUGAUAUUAUGGAACCCACAUGUCCAAGGGUGAGGAUGAUAUCCAGUUAUGUUUUUAACAUGUUGCUGCACAAAUACCAAAGAGAGGAGUAUUUUAAGCAGCAGCGUGAAAAAUUGCAAGAAUCUAAAGAACAUUUUGAGACAGUAUUAAUGAGAAACAAAGAACUGAAAGAAAAGUUAGCAAAAGCUAAGGCAAGGAAACCAGAAGUUGAUGCUGAAACACUGAGGUGUCAAGAAAUUUGUGAUAAACACGAAAAAGAGUUUUAUGAAAUCAAGAAACUGCAAGAGGAGGAGAAAAGAAAUGUUGAUGAAUUGAAACUAGUGACAGCUGCAUUAGAGACAGAAAAGGAAAAUCUCAAACAAGUUCUAUCUGAAGCCAAGCUGGAUUGUGAGAAAAUGUCCCAUAAGAUAGUGCAGUCCCCUAAGAGAUUUAAGCAAGAACAAGAGCGAUGCAAGGAGCAAGUGAUGAUUUUACGCACCGAGCUACACAACAAAGAACAGGCAUUAUCAGAAAAUAAACUUCUGAUGGAAAAAACAUUGAACAAACAAUCAGCAAUAGAAAAAGCAGUCAAAUUAUGCAAAGAACUCUUGGCUGAGAUGAAGAAUGAGAGUGAAAGUGAUGCAGAGUUUAAAAAAUUAACAGACUAUGCCAUGGAGCUAAAAGAGAGUUUUAACUCAUUAAAUAUCCAAGAAGAAGACGUGAAGGAGAAGUUGAAUGUGCGCAAGACAAAGCAACAUAAGAUGUUAAGCCAGAUUGACAUCAGUAAACUGUCUUUUCGUGAACAAGUCAAUGACCUUAAACAGCACUUGAGUAGGUUGGAAGAGCAAAAUCGAACUGUCAAGAAUGAAAUACCACAGUUACAGAAGAAAUUAGAAAACUACAAGUUGGAAGAGGCAGAGCUGAAGAUAAAACUUCAAAAUAGAGUAACAGAAUUAGAGAGCUACUGCUCCCUACAGUUUGAGAAGAUAUAUGAACAGGAAAGGAAUUUGAAACAAAAUAUUGAAGUCUUAAAACAAAAACUGAUGAGUGAUGAAGAAGAAUAAAAAUGAAACACUACUGGUGCCUUUUCACAGAUUCUAAAACAUGUUACAUGUUUUUGUAAAAAUAGCAUUAAUCUUACGUUAGAGGAGUUAUCUAACGAUUGAUUUGCAUACUGUAAUUAGCUUGAUUUUUAUAUUUGAAAUAUUUACAUUGUGCAUGUAACUUAGAUUAAAUGUGUAUGUAUUGAAUACCUUUUAUUCUUCAUCUUUUAAUUAAACUACUG